AUGAACCGCCACCUCCCCCCAGAAGCGACCAUCAUCCACCUGCCGCCCGCCGAGCAGCACCCCCAGCACGCCCCCGACGACGGCGACGACGAGGACGAGGAACACUCGCUGGCACCCUCCUCAGGCCCCAGGAACUCGCUCGUCGUCGAAGACUACGACGAACGAUACGGCUUCAGCUCCUCCGAGGAAUCCUCCGGCCUGCUCGACGACCACCUCGAAACAACACGCAUCCUCAAGCGCAGGCAGAAGAUCUCCAACCCCUUCUCCGCCUCCCGCCGCGCCAAGCGCAAGGACUCCAUCCAUGCCCUCUCAGCCACCUCCUCCGCCUCCUCCACAUCCCUGCACUCCGCCCCCUCCUCGCUCGACCAGUUUGCCCGUGAGUUCCCCCACGAGCUGGCCGACUCCCUCGAGCCUGUCAACGUCUUCGUCGGCGUCUUCUCCGUCGACUCGGCCUACGAACGCCGCCACCUCAUCAGAUCAACCUAUGCCCGCCACUCCCGCCCCAUCGACCCCAACACCGGCCAGAUCGCCCACAACGUCCAGCUCAAGUUCAUCCUCGGCCGUCCCAGGAUCCAGCACGUCCGCCGGGUCGCACUCGAGAUGGAGACCUACAACGAUAUCGUCGUACUCGAAAUCCAAGAAAACAUGAACCGCGGCAAGACGUACGCCUUCCUCAACUGGGCCAGCCAGAACGCCACCAUCCCCGUCUACUUCCACCCGCUGCACGAGCCCAAACCCAAGACGGGGGUCAACGGCAUCGGCGGGGUCAGGUCCCCCGACCCCAUCGAAACCGUCAACGUCGGUGUCGGUUUCAAGAAGGCCGACUUUAUCGUCAAGGCCGACGACGACUCGUUUAUCGUCCUCAGUGAACUCGAGAGGCAUCUCCGUGUCGCACCACGUACAAUGACCUAUUGGGGCUAUUUGAUCCGAAAUCUGUUCAUGGGCGGAGAAUGUUAUGCGCUGUCAGCGGAUUUGGUCCGCUACGUGGCCAGUUCUCCGAAAGUACUGGAUCAUGUGACUGGCGCAGAGGACAAGAAAGUAGCCAAAUGGAUGCGAAUCCAUCCUAACGCCAGCCAAAUCAACUGGGUCACCGAACGGUGUUGGAUUUAUGAUCACCCCAAAGCGGGGACGACCUAUGCACACGGCUUUCUGUUUCCAGAUGAGGUUAAACGAGUGCGGGCUGAGGGCAGGGUGGGCCUGUCGGAGGCCGAAAUCGAAGCCCGUGGCGCAGGUCGGGCCCAAUCAUACAGCACCGUCAACAAGUGGAAGGAGCGCUAUGUGGCACCCAAGAGCAUGAUGACAAUGGAAGAAGAAGUUGAGGCGCUGGUCGAGGGAGGCGGUCGGUUUACGAAGACGGAUUGGAAGCGGCCGACAUCUGCCGAAGACAUGGUGCCGCUGGACAAAGUUGUGUUCGAAUCGGGCGACGAGCGACUGUUAAAAAGCUCGCUCAUCGGCGGCCCGGCCUCCAUCAAAGCUUCCUCCUUCUCCUCCCCUCGCCCGGGAGAGUACACACCACCCGUUAGGGAUCACUACGAAGAGCCCUCGCUCAAGUUCGGCCGGCCUCCGAACGAGCUGAUGGCCAAGAUGCCCGCGAUGGAAGAUCUCCCGGAGUCGCCGUUGAAGGACAAGAUUCGCCAGGGUAUGACGGCUGAGGGUUCGGCCCGGGAGGACUCGGAAACGGAAAGCCAGAAGAACUCGACCGUCACAACAACGUCCCCUGCGAAGUUUGUCCCCUCGCCCACGCUGCGCUUCGACCCGGAGGAGAUCCGGCUCCGCGAGGCACGUUUCCUCAAUCUUCCUCAUGGCGGUACGGUUGUUGUCCACUACCUCAAGCGCAGCGAAUGGUUCCUCGAAACCUCACUGAUCCUGCUCGGCCGGGCCAAGACGUGGGACGACGGGCUGAUCCCGCUCGUCUAUGAGCCUGCCCAGCAGAUCCGGGCGGGCCGGCCAGCAUCGGGGGCCUCAGAGAUUCAGCCGGAAGGCCACUCGGUUGUGGUCUCCGAGAAGGCGGGCUCAUCAGCGAGCUCGAAUGCGCUCUCGACGGUCGACGAUAGCCAGACGAAGACAAAGACGACGACGGGGAGCAGCCCGGGGGACGGCCAUCAGAAGAAGAUCGCGCUGGGCAGACUGGCCGGCUGGGGCAAGUUCGACCGGGUCGAGGAGAUCCAGGUCGGCGGGUUCUUCGGCGGGGCCAGAUUAGCAGGCAGUCCGGUGAUCGACCAGGACGGGACGAUCCGGGAGGGCCGCAGGCCUAAGCUCUCCCCCAGCCCUGUCGCCCCAGCGGCCCACCCCUCGUCUCUAUCCGUCGUCUCCCCCACCACACCCGAGCCUUCCCGACAGAAAAGCCCCGCGACCGUAGACGACGACGAGGAAGACCCGAAGGAAGUCAAGAACGAGAUCCGCAAGACUCAGUUCGGCGGCGCUGGCUGGAUUAGAGGCAAGCCCAGACUCCGGGUCGCCGACCACACCGACGGGCCCCGCUUCGACGCCGCCCCCUCCCCUUCUUCGCCUUCUGCUGCGGGAGACGAGCCCGACGCUCCUCCGCUCCUGCAGGACCAGCAACAGCCUAGCGAGGACGAGUUUCUCUUCCAGGGCCGAGACGACUCCUUGGUCCUCGCUAGCCCCCCGAUUCCUCAAGCUUCCACAGAGGCAGCCUCCCUUGCUUUUGAUCCGCUGUCUGGCACGGCAUCCGCAGACCUUCGUCUUGAAGAUGAAGACCAGUCAUCGUCAGAUCUUGAUUCCUGA